AUCAACAGCAUCCAGCGCAGCCGAGUGUCCAGACAUUGGCAAUGGGCGGUGUUUGAUAGAAGACGGACUGCACACAGCAACUCCAGCAUCCAUCCCAUAGUCCUGUCGACUUUGUGCCACCUGUCAAAAUGGAUAUGUUCAGUUUUUUUUCGUCUAUAGCUUUCGUGGUUAUUUGCGGAGGAAUAUUUGUGCGCUUCUCUGUUCUCGGCCUGCUUCAGUAAUCAGUAUAUGAGCGUUUAGAUGCCUUGGCCAAGAUGAGCAUCAAGGCCUUUGAGCUCAUCCCAGCUGUGGAGCGGGACCUCCUCAUGGGUGAUAAGGCUCGCAUCAAAAUCGAAUGUAUAGAAUGUUGUGGAAAGCACUUAUAUGUGGGAACCAAUGACUGUUUCAUCCACCACUUCCUGCUGGAUGAGGUCACUUCUGCCAAAGGGAAGCUGACGUACUCGGCUCAGAAACUGCUGCACAAAUACCUGGGCCUUAAGAAGCCAGUGGCUGAGCUGCGGGCCGCCUCUGCUUUGGAGCGUCUGAUUGUGCUUUGCGAUGGCAUAGUGUUUCUUGUAGACAUGGUAACACUGGAAACUGUGCCGUCAGCAGCUGGAGGUGGAGCCAAGAUUAGAGGUGUGACGGCCUUUUGCAUUAAUGAGAACCCGGUGAACGGUGAUCCAUUCUGUGUGGAAAUGGGUGUCCUUUCCUUGAAGCGUAGGACGGUUCAGAUUUACAUGGUUUAUGAAGACAGAGUGCAGCUGCUCAAAGAGGUGACCACGCCGGAGCAGCCCUGCGCUGUCUGUCUCGAUGGUUACUUCCUGUGCCUGGCGUUGGCUACGCAGUACAUGAUCCUGAACUACAACACGGGAGCUGCCCAAGAUCUCUUCCCUUACAACAGUGAGGAAAGGAGACCCAUUGUAAAGAGGAUUGGCAGGGAGGAGUUCCUCUUGGCGGCACCAGGUGGUCUUGGAAUGUUUGCCAAUGCAGAAGGGGCUUCUCAACGGGCCCCUGUCAACUGGUCCGAGAGCGUCAUUGGCACAGCUGUGUGCUUCCCAUAUGUGGUGGCCUUAGAUGAGAGCUUCAUCACCAUCCACAGCAUGUUGGACCAACAGUUAAAACAGACACUUUCAUUCAGGGAUGGACACAUUCUACAAGACUUUGAAGGGAAGGUCAUUCUGGCAUCCACUAAAGCUGUGUACAUUCUGGUACCCUUGCCACUGGAGAGACAGAUCCAGGAUUUGCUGGCCAGCCACAGAGUGGAGGAGGCACUCAUACUUACAGAAGGAGCACAAAGAAAUAUUCCCAAAGAAAAAUUCCUGAGCUUGCACAAAAGAAUUCUGCAGCAGGCAGGCUUCAUACAGUUUGGCCAACUUCAAUUUAUCGAAGCAAAAGAACACUUCAGGAAAGGUCAGCUGGAUGUGCGGGAGCUGAUUUCUCUCUACCCACUGCUACUGCCAGCUUCUUCUUCAUUCACACGCUGCCACCCUCCUCUCCACGAGUUUGCAGAUCUCAAUCACUUGGCACAGGGAAACCAGGAAAAAGUGUUGGAAUGCAAGAAAUUCCUUAUCAGUUAUUUGGGAGAGGUCCGAAGCACAGAGGUAGCUAAUGGUUGCAGAGAGGACGUGGACACUGCACUGUUGAAACUGUAUGCUGAACAAGAUCAUGAGAGUCUUCUAGACCUGCUAGCGUCAGACAAUGCCUGCUUGUUAGCAGACUGUGUCCCGUGGUUGGAAAAAUAUCACAAAUAUUUUGCACUUGGGCUGCUCUACCAUUCUAAUGGUCAGGAUCCAGCAGCUCUUCAGAUGUGGAUUCGUGUAGCUGACGGGGAUCUACAGGAUUCUACAAGACCUGAUCUCUUUGAGUACAUUGUGGACUUUCUUUGUUCCACUUCCAAUCAGGACCUUGUAUGGAAGUACGCAAAUUGGGCCCUACACAAGGAUCCCACUAUAGCUGUCCACAUCUUUUCCAAGAGGUCUGCUGAGACAGCCAAGUCAGAUCUGAAGCCUGAUGACGUCAUCACAUACUUGGGAAAGCACAGGGUCGCUCUUCUUCUCUACUUGGAGCACCUGGUGCUUGAAAGGCAUAUACAGAAGGAGAAAUAUCACACACAUCUGGCAGUCUUAUACAUGGACAGGGUCUUAUCUUUACUGUCAGAGUCUCCAACCAAUCAAGAGCAGCUGAGCAAACCCAGAGAGCAACUCCAGGCUCUACUCAGGGAGUCAAGCCUGUACAGAGCUCAGUAUCUUUUAGGUAAGAUGGAAAACUGUGAGCAACUGCUGCUAGAGCGUGCAUUGCUACACGGAAAACUGGAGGAGCAUAAUGAAGCACUACACAUUUUGGUGCACAAGCUGAGAGACUUCUCCUCUGCAGAGGCCUAUUGUAUUUGGGCUUCUUCUUACCAGGAUUCUGCUUACCGACAGCAGCUGUUUCACCUUCUCCUGGGAAUGUAUCUUGACAAAAAUGCAGCAGUGGAAUCCCAAACAGCAACGUGUGAAGACAGUGGAGCUCUAGAAAUGGCAGCGGUGGACCUCCUGAAUCGUCACGGAGAGGUGUUUGAUGCGGUGCGUGUACUGAGGACACUGCCGGAUAACUGGUCGUUGCAGCUGUUGCGGCCCUUUCUGGGUCGAACCAUCAGGGCUAAUAUGCAUGCCUCCCGCACGUCUCAGAUCGCUCUCGGGCUCGCCCACUCUGAACACCUUCAACUACUGCAUGACAAGCUCAAAGAAACAAAGAAGCCAAUCACUGUGUCAGCAAAGAAGGGAUGCCACUUAUGCCACAACACCUUCAGUGAGCCGGACGUAGUGUGUCUGCCGGGCGGUGUGCCUGUCCACGCUCACUGUGUCGCCCAGAGAGUAAAAGACUCCCCUACAAAGAAACAGUUGACUAACCGCAACAAUCAUACGUGAGACUCGGCCCAUCACAUGAAAAUGUGAUUGUUGAUUUGAGGCACCAAAACAAAGCGGAAUAUGCUGGAUUUGGGGAUGGUUGAGGACUAUGGAGACGAGGUCAAAGCAUAGGAGAGCCCAUUGCUGUGGUCAGGUUGUUGAUAAGAGUCUACAAGAGUCAAAAAGACAGAGGGGUGUAUGAAAACAGAAAAGUUGUGCUCAUGUGAUGCAGUUAAACCACACAUUCAGAAUUAUAUCCAGGUCAAAGUCAAUUGAGCCGUCCUUUUAACAAUGGAAUUUAAAAAAAAUAAACAAGACAGACACAUCUGUACUACUCUGUCUUCAAUUCUAAACAGAAAUAUGUAGCCUACAACAGGCAAAUCUUCUUCUUUAUUUUACUUUAUUUUUCAGAAGGAACCGCUGUACUGUUUUGCUUACGCUCAGCAUUGAAAGAGCUGGUUGCUCUAAUCUGUGUUUCAUUUGUUGAUGGCUGCCCACAUCUUAACAACACAAUAGGACAAGUUACAUUCAAUGUCACCGUCCUGUACAUCUCAUUAACUGAGGAUUCUGUUUAUUUAAUGUGAUGCCAUAAUUCAUAACCAUGUUAAAAAGCAUUGCUGAUGUGGCACAUGUGUAAAUUACAAAAAAGCUUGAAUUUACUUACAGCAAUUAACAAAAAAAGCACAUUGAUAGUUCCUUUUUUGUUGAUUUAUUCUACGUUGAUGCUAUUUCCUUUGUGAGCCACAAGAUGGCAGUAAAUGAUUGAAAAGUAAAGUGAACAUGAUCUUUUUGUUCAUAGAAUACUUUAGUAUAACCUAAUUAUGUCGAUAUUGUUGCAUGAUUUAUAACAACAAACUAUUUCUUUGCCACUUUGUGGCGCCACGCAGAUAAAAAGGGACGGUGGAAAUGCUUUCUUGUAUUACUAAGGAUAUGUAACAAAUUAAGGGAAUGGCUAAAAAGUAACAAGAUGUAAUGACAAAAGUAAUAAAUGAAUGUCAAGGACUUCACAAUGCAUGAUGAGAUUAACGUUUGUGAUUUUUACAGCAGAUUACCAUGUGAUUGGGAACAAAUUAAAAACAAAAUUUAAAUUAAUUUCCAAUAGAAUGACUCUCCGAAAAAAAUCCGAUGAAUCAAAGACAAAAGCAUUGUUGCAUUCUCUCCCUUGUGAAAAUGGCGAAUGGAUGUUCCAUGACAACAACAUAUGGGGAAAAAAUGUAAAAGUGUUUUCUUUCACUGUCUUAUAAAACAAGUUUUAAUUCCUCGUAAGAUGAGAAGGUCACCCAACAACAAUCAUUCUUCUUCAACAAGGUUUCCAUACUGUAUUAGUAAGUGUGUCCUCUGUAAUCUCCAUGUCAGUGCAACACAAUUCUUUAGGGAAUUUGUGCACCGAACUAGUUUUCCAAAUGUAGGUCUUACUCUCCUUUCAAGGCACAAAAUCCCAAAUUAUCAAAAUCCAUUUCAUUGCAUCUCCUGUGAAUUAAAAUUUUUAAAAAGACAUGCUGUUGUAUAAUAUAUUAUGUUAUCUACAGUGUAUAUACUGCAUUUUCUACCUGUUUGUUGCUUUAUUCAAAUCACCAGUGGGAGUGGAGUGUACAAACUGCAAAUCCAUCCCAUUUAAUAAAUAUUAAACUGAACAUUCA